AUGGUUAGAAUUAGAUGUAUCAGUUAAAUGAAUAAAAGAAACUUAGAAUGCAACUAUUUUAUUAUAAUAAAAUAAUCAUAACUUCAAAGCAAUCCAUACAUUUUGUUUAUAAAAAUCCAUUAAGUCAGCAAAUAUUGUGUUGGAAACAAUGAAUUCUUUUUUAGUUUCUUAAAAAAAUGCUUAAAUUCUAAAUGUAAGGCAUUUAGGAAUACUGUGAUAGAAUAAUAUUAAAAAAAGCUUUUAUAAAGUAUGUUGAAGAAUAAAUCAAAUGAUGAUGAGAUGUUUACAUUCAUAAAGAUCCUCCAUUUGUAGAAAAAGUGA